GACCUGUUGUUUCUAAUUGGAUAGCAAAUCUAUCCUGUAGUUAUCAAUUGGACAACUCUGGGAAAAUCACAGCUGGGUGAAUGGCCCCUAAGAGUGCAGUCUUAUCACCCACUUUUGACUCCAACUGUGGAGUCCCAAAGCCCUUAGAGAAAAACAUGCUCAGUAAGUUUGUUACUCCUACAGCUACCAACAGUGAACAGUGCAGCCUUGAGAAGCAGAACUAACUCGAGCUUAUUUUUUUUUUCCAGCGAUGGCUUUGCUGAGAAGCACUGUAGAAGAUGCCAUUCAAGCUUACCAAAAGUACAUUUUGCAAAAUCAAUCAGAGUUUCUGGACAAGAUGUCACAUGGGAAGUCCAAAGCCUAUAGCUUACUUGACAGAACAAUCAAUAUUACCUUUCCAAAGAAACAAAUCACAGCUCUGGAUGACAUUAUGGGGGCAGUUGCUUCGGAUUUUGUGUCAGAAGUGAAAGCUGUACAACUGCUGUCAUUGCCACAGAAAGCAGACUACCCUUCAAAGCGAGUCCUGCUAAUAGGUGACAAAGGAGUGGGGAAAAGCUGGACUGUAGCCAGCAUCCAGCAAGCAUGGGCAGAAUCUCAACCAUGUCAACCAAGGUGCAUCAUUGUUUUCAGAUUCUGUGACUUAAAUGAAGUUGAAGGAAAGACCACUCUACGGAAACUGCUUAAGAAGCAGUGUGAGUCAUUGUCAUCAGUCCUAACGGAACUUCUCUGUAACCCUCAGGAUGUGUUGAUCAUUUUGGAUGGACUGGAUGAAUUCAACCAUCGGUUGCAAAAUAAUCCACCAGGUGGUUAUUUUAACAUAGACACUGAGGCUGAAGUAAAUGUUCUUGUUUACAGUCUCAUUGCAAGGGAUCUCCUUUCAACAGCACAGGUAUUGGUUACCUCCUGUUGGAAUAUUGAGCAACUUGAAUUUCACAAGAAGUAUUUUGAUUGCAUCCUUGUUAUGCGUGGGUUUACCAAUGAUCAGUUGAGAAGGUAUUGUGAAGUGUUCUAUCAGAAAAAUCAAAGAGCAGCAGGAAUGUAUGAAUACAUGACCAAACAUGAGACCAUCAACUGCCUGGUGUCAAAUCCCCUCAACAGCUAUAUCCUGUGCAGUAUUUUGGACAUUUGUAACUGCAGUCAGGCUUUGAUGGCAGAUGUGCCAGUGACACACUGUGAAGUGCUGUUGCAGUUCCUUUACAGCCUGGUUCACUGCAGGACAUACAAACAGUCAGUGGUCACUAUUGAUAACUCGGAGACUAAACAGGAAGGCAAAUUGCUUCAAGACACUAUCCUGAAAUUGGGGGAACUCUCCUUCAAUAAUUUGCUGUCAGGGAAACUUGAAAUGAAAAUAGAUGAUCUGCAUAACUAUGGAAUAGAUCCAGAUGUUCUUUCAAAGUAUUUUUCAAAUCUAAUCCUGGAAAAGAAGUAUAAAGGCCAAAGUAUCUUUGAGUUCUGCCACGUUGUGUUAAAGGAAUAUUUUGCAGCUUUGUAUUGUGCAACAUCACUGAAAGAUGAUGCUGAAGAGUUGGUCAAAAGUCUGGAUCUUUGGUGUUUUGGGAGAAUGCCACAGAAUCAAAAAAGCCAAUACUAUUUGAGAUCAUUUAAGCCUGAACAUACAGAGGCAGUAUACAAUUUCACAAGGCUUCUCAUGGGCUCCUUAAAAGCAAGAACAGAUACUAAAUUAUGGAACCGCAGUGCUUCUCUCACUCAACCUACAGCCAGAGCUCUAGUGACUUGGUUCAAAAACUGUCUUGAACAAGGUUGCAAGAAGUCCAAGCUGCUGAAUUUAAUGCAUUGUCUUUUUGAACUGCAUGAUUCAACUGUAACAACAGAGGUAUCUCCUCAUUUCAAGCAUGUAGAUUUUUUCAACAUUUCUCUGGGCCCAUUAGACCUCGCUGCGUUACGUUACUGUCUCUGUCAUUCUGCUGUGGUAGAAUUGGAUUUAAGACUCUGUACCAUAGGGGAUGAUGGAAUAAAACAGCUCAAGGACGUGCUACUCAAGUGCAAAACUGUUUUUGUAAGCUCCAACAAAUUGACUGAGAAGUCAGCAGAGAUUUUGAGUGACCUUCUUCAAGAUCCAAAAUGCAGAAUUGAGACAUUAUCAUGUGGCACAAAUUGUUUUGGUGCCAGAGGAGCUCAGUUUUUUUGGAAAGCUCUAACAAAAAACCGAAGUCUCAAAUCUCUUCGUUUGUAUGAUAAUAAGAUUACUGAUGAAGGUAUUAAAAACAUGGUUGAUUGCCUGAGUUACAACACAACUCUUGAGAAACUCUAUUUAUGCGCAAAUGAAUUUGGAGAUGAUGGACUGAAAAAUAUUGAACAGUUCAAAGAGCUGAAGCAUGGUCUGAAGAUUGUCAGUAAAAUCACAGAAGAUGAAGAUUUGCUACUCCGCAUUGAAACACAGAUAAAUGAGUUAUUUUCCCAAAGCCAGGAGUAUAACCAGGAAUGGCUUCAAACAAUCAUGGAGUCCAUACUGAAAGAUCUUGGAGAUGAGAGUGAAAUAACGGACCAAAUGAUGAAGACUAGGGUGGGAAAUAUAAAAGAAAGUAUAAAGCAACUUCUGUUGAAAACAAAAGUAGUGGCAGUUGGAAGCAAGUCCACUUUCACCACCUUUUGAAAUUUCCCCAUUUAGACCAUGAAGUUGAUGAAGGGUCAGAUCUCAAAGUUUAGGUCAUAUUCAGUGAACCUCUGAACUGGCAAUUGGUUCAACAUUGGUAUUGACAGAUGUAGUGAGGGUCCUUCAGGAAGAAUGCAUUUCAACUUUUAAAAAAAAAAACAAUAUAUCCUGAAAGGAUAAGAGGGAGGAAUUUGCCACAUUGAUGGCAUACUAAUCCAUGACAACAAAGCAUGAUGCCAAAGUAAGUGCUGUGCUACAACAUAUAUAGUGUGAUGAUGCUGUGUAAAUAAUGUUGUGGAACUUGGGGAAGAUUUAGCAUAAUGUAAAUAAUACGUUGUAGUCCACGAAGCUUUAUGAAAUUUUGUCUUGUACAUUAUUAGUACUUACCCAUGUUAAAUAACAAGUGUUCUCCCAAGGGAAAAGCUUGCUACAAUCCAUCAUUCCAUUUCCAAACACAAUUAGGGUGACACGGUGCCUCAGUGGUCAGCACUGCUGCCUCACAGCACCAGGGACCUGGGUACAAUUCCAGCCUCGGGCAACUGUCUGUGUGGAAUUGACACGUUCUCCCUUUGUCUGUGUAGGUUUCUUUGCACUGUUCAGAGAUGUACAGGUUAUGUGGAUUGACUGUGCUAAAUUGCCCGUAGUGUCAAGGGAUGUGUAAGUUAGGUGGAUUAGCCAUGGGAAAUGCAGGGUUACUGGGAUAGGGUGGGGUGGGGGGUGGGAGUCUGAGUGGGAUGCUCUUCAGAGAGUCAGUGUGGACUUGUUGGGCUAAAUAGCUUGUUCCCAAACUGUAGGGAUUCUGUGGAUUCAAACUAGAUCAACAAAUGCAGAUUUCCAUUCAUUUUUGAACCUGAUGGAGUUCUAUAGAAAUUAUCAAUAGUUUUAUGUCAUUAUUACAUCAGAAUUAUUCAUUGAUGAGAAUGUUUUCUAAUACCAACAAACAACUGAAAGUCUGACUGUCACUGCUUAUCUCUGAUUUGUUUUUCAAACCCUGCAUGGACAAUAUAAAGUUAUAUUUCAAAAUUUUAAAAA